UUCUUUCUCUCUCCUCCUUUUUUAUGAAAGAACACCCGAUACCUUAUUAAAGUUUGAAAAAUUCUCAUCUCCCAGAUGUCUGCUACCAUUACCACACCUUAUUCUACUUUUCUAUCUCCUUCUUAUUCUUCUCCAUAUUUAUGACUUCUCUUCAAUCUACUUCUCUUUCUUCAUCCUUUGAUUUUCCCAAUAAUUCCACUAUCUUUGGUUCCACUUUGAAAUUGGGAGUAAAUGAGCUAACUUUUUUCAGAUUACCCACUAAUUUUUCCAAGAUUAAUCGUGGUUUGAGCCUAAAAGCUUCAACAACAUCUCCGGGACUGACUAAAGAGAUUGAGGAUAACAAAGGGAAAAUGUCAGAAGAAACUCUGAAUGGCAGUGAUCCAUUUUGCAACAUGAAGCAACGGUUUUUGAGUUUCAAAAGGGAUAAGUACUUGGGAAACAAAGAACACUUUCAGAACCUUGCUGAGACCCAGUCUCCCAAGUUUACAGUGAUUGCUUGUGCAGAUUCUAGAGUAUGCCCUUCUAACAUCCUUGGAUUUCAACCUGGAGAAGCUUUCACCGUGCGAAAUGUAGCAAACUUGGUGCCUCCUUUCGAGAGUGGGCCGACAGAGACAAAAGCAGCACUUGAAUUUUCUGUGAACGCUCUUGAGGUUGAGAAUAUUCUAAUUAUGGGCCAUAGUCGCUGUGGGGGAAUCCGUGCCCUCAUGGGUAUGCAGGAUGAAGAAGAAGAUUCAAGGAGCUGCAUUAGGAGUUGGGUAAUUGUUGGCAAAAAUGCAAGGAUUAGCACCAAAUCUGUGGCUUCCAAUCUCAGUUUUGACCAACAAUGUCGACAUUGUGAAAAGGAAUCAAUCAACUAUUCACUGAAGAAUUUGCUUACUUACCCUUGGAUCAAAGAAAGAGUCGUCAAGGGUGUACUUUCUCUCCAUGGAGGUUACUAUGAUUUUGUGGACGGCACAUUUGAGAAAUGGACACUUGAUUAUGAUCACAAGGUUGAUGACGGUCAGACAUGUUCAGUUAAAUGCCGGGAAUUUUGGAGCUGAUUCGUGUUCCAUGUUCACUGCAGUUUUUCAGUUUCUUCUGUACCCAUUCAUUGUAGUUCUGUAUUGUAAGGCUUUUCUUAGAUUGUUUUGUAAUUUUGUGUUUUCAAAGUACUUGGAUCCUCUUAAGUUACUAGAGUGAUCAAGCAGUCCUACAAAUAGGGCGGUUAUAAAGUUGGAGAAAUUGGGCUCCCAUUUUACUCCCCCCCUUUGAUAGAUAGUGAUUUGGUAAGUUUUUCUCAGUUGAGCUCAUGUUUUGUAAGAUAUAAUACUUACUUCAUAAUGUAACUUAUUUUAUAGACAAAAGUGAUUGAUUAAGCAGACAAUAUACCAAUUCUCUUAAAUUAUUUAA